AGCAUUGAAAGGAUUAAUCUUAAAGUUAUGCAAAUUAUGGCAAUUAUUGGACAUUUGACAGAUGAGAGUUUAAAAAGAGGUAGAAGUGCGAAAAAACCGAAAAUUGAAAUUUGGAAUCAAAGUGAAACUUUUUUGAUGUACA